AUGGCCACCAACGAAAAACCAGCUGAAAACAAGCCGAAUGUGAAAGGACCACAGACGACUGCAAAGAGGAUUCAAGUUCCUCGGCCAAACAAGAUUUCACGUCCCGAAGUCGAUGGGAUUAAUCGCACGGCCGAAGGAUUCCUGCAACUAUACUAUGAUUUGAUGGACGGUUCUCAACGAGACGCUAGAAUUACUCUGCUAUACCGAGACACGUCGUUGAUGAUAUGGAACGGCGAGACCAUAACUGGAGUAGAAAAGAUCAAAGAGUUUUUGGCCAAAAUGCCAGAGUCUAAACACGAGAUUCAAAGUUGGGAUUGUCACCCGAUUCCAGGGAGCGCUACAACGACCUCGCCUCCCAUCCUGAUCACCGUUUCCGGUACGGUCCUUCACGGGACGAUGCCCACCAAGAUUCCACAGACGAAAAAACCAGGAGUAUUGCCUCGAGUGUUUUCCCAAACAUUUGUGCUUGCUCAUGACCCUGCUUCACAACCACCUGCUACAACAUCUGACCAACCGGCAAGCAACGAGGUGUAUUACGUGCGCUCCGAUACCCUCCGUUUCGUGGGUUGA